AUGAGAGCGAUAAGGAAAGCUCUGACCUCCAGCUUCCAUUAUGGCAAGGAUAGAGAUAAAGACAAGGAGAAGAGCAGCCGUGAGAAUGCCUCUACAAACACAUUAGCCACGGCAGAGACAACAGCGACAACAGCAACAACAACGACAACAGCCACACCGACGUCGUCGACCAAUGAAGCCAGAGACGAAAAGCACGUUCAAUUUAAACACACUUCCAUCGUGGAUAGCGCCUCUGAUGUGAACAGAGCUGCCUCGCCCAACCCUCCAUCUCUCGUCGCUUCCGCUUCGGCUUCUCGUCUACCAAUGUCUCCAUCGACGUCGUCAUCAGCUUCUGGUACCUGGUCCGGUAUGGUCCAGUUUGAUCUUGUCGAGAAUCUCAGCCAGAGAGAGAGAACGAGGCAGGAAGUUCUAUGGGAAAUAGUCGCAUCCGAGAUGAGAUUUGUUGAUGAUUUAACAAGCCUCUAUGAGCGUUAUAUAAGUAAAAUGGACGCUAAUUUGCCUGAAAAGAUGAAAAACUUGAUGAAUAGCCUCGCUAUCAAUAUAUUACCAAACCAUGUCUCACUAUCGAAGGAUUUGAAAGCGAGACACGACGCUCAAUACCCUCUUAUUAGAUCAUUGGCGGAUAUCUUUCUCAUACACAGCCAUAAUUUACAGUAUUACUCAACGUAUGUCCUUCACCUCGAAUACACACUGUCUGUAGUGGAUGACGCAAUCAAUUUGGCUAGCAAGGGUGUUGUCAACAAGCGCAGCGAAAAGUAUGACCGUUGGAAGCUCGGAACGAGAUUAAUAGCAUUAGAGGAUGAAGCUCAAGCAAACGGUUGUGCUUCGCUGGCUAUUUGUCUCCUCCACCCUUUCCAAAGACUCCUGAAAUACCCCCUUCUCUUCCGCGGACUCUUAUUUAACAGCGAUCCCUCCAUGAUAGAGUAUGAAGCGACGUUGAAGAUGGUUGAGCAAGUAGAAUCCAUUGUUCGUUCAAUAGAAGAUAAAAAAAUCCAAAUAGAAGAGCGCGACAAAACUCGCGAUGCAUUGGCUCGGAUUGAAGGUAUAGAGAAAGAGCGCAGUCUGAUGGCACCCAAACCAGGUCGACUGCUUGUGAGAGAGGUGUGUAUAACGCCCUCAACAAAUCCGCCAACGAGUUUCAAGGUGAAACAUGGUUCGAUGCCUCCUCCACAACGACCACAAGUGAUAAAGAAAUCAAGUUUAAGACGUCUUUCGGAUCUACUGCCUAAUUCAAACUCACAGUCACCGCUGUCACAAGGAAGUAAUGCGGAAGACAGGAACAAAUACACCAAGAAGGAUUUGUGGCAGGUGGAGUUUAAUGAUGUGACACUGCUUUGUCAGCGCAGUGGCAGAACGACUUUGCCCAUCGCCAGCAAUAGUCAGGGCAAAGGUGUCAGCGAGAAGCCAACGGCGAAGCGGUCCUCGCUGACGUCGACGUCGACGUCCAACAGGAGCGACAGCACGAGUGCGGGAGUGGGAGUGACCGGACGCAACCUCUACCGUUUCAUAAAGAUCUCCAAGUGGAACAUAGCAGACCAGUCGGAGGAGGGGAUAGUAUCUAUGAAUGCUAUAAUGCGCAAUCGGUCUGGCUCAGAGGAUGCAAGCAGUACGUCACCACUGCAUAGGAAACAACUCCCCUUUCCAUCACCAUCACCCUUCCCGUCGACAUCGCCGCGCUCAUCCACCCUCCAACGCCAGUAUAGCGACGACGCUAGGAGCCACGCCUCCAUCAAGACUAAGGUUUCCUUCAGCUAUGAGCGUGGUGAUGAAAUGGUCCCGCGCGUCCGCCUGCGUCCCAAACCUGCGCGUGGUGGCGUGGGUGGGGGUGUGAGUGAACAGGAGGAUAACAAGGAGGAGGAGGAGAAGGGGGAGGGAGAGGGCAACCGGGAAGGCGGAGGUUUCCAGGAGCAACAGAAACAGAUGGUGAAGCUAAAGCAGAAGCAACAAAAGCAACAGCAACACCAAAAACAACAAGAUCAGCAGGAACAACGGAGACAAAAUGAGGCGGAGAGAUUAGAACAACAGCGGAAGCAAGAGCAACGACGUGCAGCGGCCAAGUUUGGUACGCGUCUGCGACCAUCUAAUGCGAGCCAGACGAGCAUUAACGUGGUGCAUGAGAGACCAUCGAGUAGGGCGACGACAGCUGGACAACCUGCGCAGAAAGAGGUGGUUGUUCAUAGGACCCUCACCCCACAACCCCCACCUACUAGCAGCAGGGCGAAACUGGAUGCCGUUAAUAGGUCGUCGGGUAAAGUGCAGCGCAAAAGAGUGCAGUUGUACGAUGAGAAGCUGCCGCGUGGCGUUAACGAUAGGAAUGAUGAAAAUGACAAAAACGGGAAUCGUGUGAAGACUGCUACUUUUGACAAGGCUGAGAAGGCUAAGCAUGGUGAACAUAGUGAGCAUAGUGAAGAAGAUAAAGAAGAUGAAAACACCUCUAGCACUCCAAACACAGCUAAUGGAUCCAUCUCAAGCUCCUCUUCUAUGGACACCCACACCAAUACUCGCACACCCCGCCAUCGCAAGUCAAGAGCUGCAAGCGAGGACUCAGGGAUGCUUUUGGCGAGAGUAGCACAACAGUACCUGGCGCAAUCGGAAGUAGGACAGUAA